UCCCAUCCUUAGCUUUUGUCUGUGGGCUCAGCAGGUGAGAGGGAACCUGAAUGUUUUGUUCCAGGCGAGGUUUAUAAAUGGAUCAAAGCCUCCUCCAUCCUGCUCAUCUUCCCACAAAUCCUUCUCCAGGCGAUGUUGCGGGACUUGGACCGAGCGAUGUUGUCAAGGCUGCUGGGACUCCUCGUCCUAACCUCCCUCUGCUCAGCCAUGCUGCUACCAAACAGCACCUCCGUGGAGUUCAGCGAAGAGGAGGGCUCCACCAUGGACCCCAACACCUACCAAUGGCCUGACUCAACUGCAUCUGAGUCAUCUGAGUCGCUCCGGGUGUUCGGGCCCAACUUCCCGGGGAUGCCCCCCACAGGAGAACAGGGGCCACCCAGUGGCAACAUGACUCACAACUCUGACAAUUACAGAAUAAUCGGGGGCACCAACCCGGGGAUGCCCCCCAUUCCUGAUAUGGCGAUCUGUGACAUUCUGAUGAACUCACCGGUACCACCACCUAUCGACCAGAUUCCUUUUUUCUGCCUCUGUUCGCAGUGUAAGGGCACUGCAGGGCCCAAAGGAGACCGGGGAGACCGGGGCCCUCCAGGUGCACCUGGGAGUCCUGGGACAAGAGGAAUGAUGGGGUUCAAAGGCCGUCCAGGAUUCACAGGCCCUCAGGGGAUGAAGGGUCAGAAGGGAGACCUGGGGGAGAAGGGGCAGUCGGGUGCUGUCGGUUUCACCGGGGUGAAGGGCGAGCGAGGCUUCAAAGGGGAAAAAGGGGACCAUGGACUGGAAGGCCCAGCAGGUGCACAAGGCCCCCAGGGAGAAACCGGCACAUGCCCUGCCUCCUGCGAGACUAUGCCGGGUCCACCGGGUCUACAAGGUACCCCUGGACCAGCCGGAGCCCGGGGCCUGCCUGGGGUUGCGGGACUUACGGGACCCCAAGGUUUUAAGGGUGAUAAGGGUGACCUGGGCAAACCCGGUGACCCCGGACUGAAUGGUCAGAAGGGAGAUAAAGGUGUGCAGGGGGUAUGUAACUGCACAGAUGGGGCUAAAGGCAAUGAUGGGAGACCAGGAGAAAAGGGGACUAAGGGAGACAAAGGUGACACUGGUGCCCAGGGUGUACCGGGCCCCAUUGGGCUAAAAGGCCAUGAGGGCAGCAUGGGUCUCACAGGGCCACCCGGGCCCUGCUCUCCAGCAAUCCAAUCAGCAUUCACCGCAAGCAUCAACCAGUCGUUCCCUGCUCCUAACACACCUGUUCUUUUCCCACAAAUCAUUACCAACCAGCAGGGGCACUUCAGCCCACUCAAUGGCAUGUACACGGCCCCCAUCAAUGGCACCUACAUCUUCUCCUACAACCUGGCUGUCGUCGGUACACCUCUUAAGGUCGGCCUGUUCCGCAACUUCUACCCUAUAGUCAGAACAACAGAAAGUACCAGCCAGGCCACCAUAAGUCACACCAUUGUCCUCCACCUCAACAUGGCAGAUAGAGUGUGGCUGCAGGUGAAGGACUCUUUAAACAACGGCAUAUUCACCGACGUCGAGAGAACCAGCACAUUCUCCGGGUAUCUGCUGCACCCCGACUCCUGCGAAUUGCCUGUGGGACGAAAUUUCUUCCCAGUGGCGCCACCUCAUUAUGAUUACAGCUGGGACGGUCCUCCCACCCCCACCACCACCCCUCCUCAUCCAUUGUAGGCUCCAGUCAGUCAGUCACAGCACAGUUAUAGACGAGCAUCCACAUGCAGCCAAUCAAACACUGUAUUUAUAACUGCAAGUUUUAAAGGAGGGGUAUUGUAGAAAAGCAGAAGUUACUGUGGUUCUCCUUUCUGUUGGUAUCUGAUGAAGAAGGAAGGAGGUGAUGAUUUUCAAUAUUCAACCUCUACCACUGGAGGACUGAAUCUGGAUCAUUCUAGACAUGGUCGCUGGUAGUUAAAUCUGGUAGGAGAUGAGGGGAGGGGCCAGCCAAAUUAAGAGCCAAUAAGAUUGAUGUUAUCACACUGCAAAAAAUGAAAUAAAAAACAACAAAAAUCCAUGUUUUAAAAGACAUGCUACUCGACUUGAGAUUGACAUUUGUGAUUUUUGGGCAUGAAAACGAAUAUUGGAUGAAUGGCCAAGAAAUUUGGUGAUCCUUGACUAUUCAUCGUGCUCCAUCAUCAGGUCAGAAUUGUAUUUCUUUUAUUUCUUUAUUAUUUGCAGUGUGUGUUAAUAAACUAAAAGCAGCCUGUUGUAUUGGAGUUCUUAAAAAAAAGCACUUAGGAAAAACUAUAAGAUA